AUGACGUACAUUGCAGAUGCCAAGUUGAGUCCACAAGGACUAAAUGCCACUGAUGAUUACCAGCCUACAGUUCUGCACCGGCAGCUCUCACUGAUUUGUGUACUCUCACCCACUCUCUUCAAUGGCUUCGACGAAGUAGAGAAAGAUGUUUUACACAAGACAUUGCGUGAAAUGGGAUUUACCUGGAAAAGAUCUGUAAGUAAACGAAAGAUUCUCGUAGAAAGAACGGAUAUAAUUGACUGGCGAUGUAAGUAUCUGAUCCAAGUGAGGAAAUUAAGGGAGCUAGGCAGAAAAUUCUUUUAUAUUGAUGAAACUUGGGUGGACAAUAACAUUACUUACAGAAAAUGUUGGCAGGGCCCUGGCGUUGAGGGCAUUAUGGACAAUGUUAGCGGAAGCAAUAGGAUUAUAGUGGUGAAUAUUGGAUCAAAAGAUGGGUUCUUACCCAACGCACAGUUGGCUUAUAAAGCGGGUUGUGCAACAGGAGACUACCAUGGGCAAAUGAACUACGAAAAUUUUUCUAAUUGGAUAUCGAAUAAAGUGAUUCCGAAUCUGCCACCGAACUGUGUUAUUGUUAUGGACAACGCUUCAUAUCACAACAAGGAACACAACAAAGCUCCAACUAGGUCCUCGAAUAAAAGCGAAAUGAUUGAAUGGUUAUUAAAAAAUAAGGUGGAAGCUGAGUUGACAAUGAGAAAAACAAAAUUAUUUGAUUUAAUUAAACAACAUAAGCCGGAAGACAAAGUAUUUGAAAUUAAUAAAAUACUUGAAGCCCAUGGACACACUGUGCUGCGACUUCCACCAUACAACUGUGACUUAAAUCCAAUUGAAAUGGCGUGGGCAAAGCUCAAGAAUUUCGUCAGAGGAAGAAAUAUUCUUGGAGAUAUUUGCAUGACGAAGUUGCUGCAGUUGGUGAAAGAAGGUUUUGAAACGAUAAGUCAAGAUGACUGGAGUGCAUACUGCCUCCAUGUGGAGAAACUUGAAAGAGAAUAUUGGGUUAAGGAUGGGGUUGUGGAAGACAUAAUAGACGCUAUAGUUAUUAAUUUAGAAAGUGAUGACGACGAGGACGACGACGAC